AUGGAGGAGAGCCGGCCGCCGCCGCGCAGGGACAUGGACCCAGCGACGCAGGACCGCACCGUCGGGGGCAACACGGCAUUCCACAACUUCUACAACGACUACUCGCACAUUCCCGAUCCGAAUCUACGCCGUCGACUGGCCCUGUCCGACAUUGACAAGGUGCCCUUUGGGUGGUACCACGUGCGCGCCAUCCUGGUGGCCGGCGUCGGUUUCUUCCUCGACUCGUACGACAUCUUUGCCAUCAACCUCAUCACGUCCCUCCUGGGCUUGGUCUUUUGGGGCGGAGGCGACCCCGACAAUGGCUAUGGAGGCAAUCAAGGGCACCUUCCGGGGCCCAUCAACCAGGCGCUCAAGGCGUCCACGAGCUCGGGCAUUAUCAUUGGCAUGAUCCUGUUUGGCUGGUUGGCAGACGCCUUUGGUCGUCGACGGAUGUACGGAUAUGAGCUCGCCAUCAUCAUCUUCGCCACGUUCAGCUGCGCCCUCGUCGCCUCCAGCCCAGGCAUCGGCUCAGCAGGCCUCAUGAUCUUCUGGCGCGUGGUCAUGGGCAUCGGCAUCGGCGGCGACUACCCCCUGAGCUCCGUCAUCACGGCCGAGUUUGCGCCCACCCGCUGGCGAGGCGCCAUGGUCGGCGCCGUCUUCUCCAUGCAGGGCCUGGGCCAGCUGGCCGCCGCCGUGGUCGCGCUCGUCAUGACCGCCGCCUACAAGGACGCCUACGUCAACGUGCCCAGCGAAUCCGCCUGCGACGCGCAGUGUCGCCUCGCCGCCGACCGCUCGUGGCGCAUCAUUGUCGGCGUGGGUGCCCUCCCGGCCUGCCUCGCCCUCUACUACCGCCUCACCAUCCCCGAGACGCCACGCUACACGUUUGACGUCCAGCUCGACGUCGACAAGGCCGACAGGGACAUCCAGACCUACAUGGCCAGCAAACACCCCAAGGACGAGGUCAGCGCUCUCCCCACGCACACACGCCAGCACAUCAUCGCUGGCCCGACGCUCGACGCGCCGCAGGCGUCGUGGCGCGACUUUGCCACCUACUUUAGCGAGGGCAAGAAUUUCAGGGUCCUCGCUGGCACCUCCAUGUCGUGGUUCUUUCUCGAUCUGGCCUACUAUGGCCUAGGCCUGAAUAACAGCAUCGUUCUGCAUGCCAUUGGCUACGGGGCCGGUGCCAAUAUGUACGACAAGCUGCACAACCAGGCCGUGGGCCUGAUCAUACUGGCCUGCGCAGGGUCCAUACCGGGAUACUGGGCGGCCGUCUUCACGAUAGACACCUUUGGGCGCAAGCCCUUGCAGAUUGGGGGGUUCCUGCUCCUCACCAUUCUGUUCAGUAUCAUUGGCUUUCGGCUGCAUUCGCUGAGCGAGAAGACACUUCUUGGGCUGUAUGUAGUUGCGCAGUUCCUCUUCAACGCGGGCCCGAACACGACGACCUUUAUCGUCUCGGGCGAGUGCUUCCCCACGCGAUACCGAGCUCUGGCCCACGGCAUAUCCGCAGCCAUGGGCAAGCUGGGCGCUGUCGUCGCGCAGGUCAUGACCAUCCCCAUCCUGAACCACGGCAAGAAAGACGGUUGUACCGGGAAUGAGUGCUCUCCGCAUCUCGAUCGCCUGCUGCAGCUGUUCGCGCUGUUCAUGCUCCUGGGCACCUUGGUGUCGCUGCUGAUCCCGGAGACCAAGGGUCUCACCUUGGAAGAGCUGGCUGGGGAGUCUCGCACAUCGUACAACGCAGGCUGCAAUGGCAGUAUCAAUCUGGCUCCCUCGAGGGGGGGUUGGAAUCCCUUUUCCGGUGGACAGCCCGCGGGCUUCGCCUACCCAAAGGCGCACGCGGCCGGCUUUGCAAAGGGGACGCGCUCACGGGGAACCACCAAUACGACGUGCGGGACACUAGACAGCAUACGACGAAGACGAGCACCGUUCUGGAGGAGCCGAAAACGGGCGCGCACGAGCAGCAACGACACGUCCGACAUUGUGCUCGACGCUGGGGUCUCGGCCGCCGCGGAGAGCCCCCUGCCACCCGCGACACCAAUGCGAGGCAGCGGCGUGUCCUCCCCACCGCACCAGCAGAUGCCCAUGUGGGGAGCGGGCUGGGGACGGAUCGACCGUGGCACGCCGACAGUGGAGAUGGACGAGGUGCGGCUUCAUGACGUUGGGUCCUUGCUCCCUUCGCCCAGGGAGUCGUUGACGUGA